AUGUCAUCUGAAAGUGGGUUUGAUUAUUUUAGAACUUUGGUUAGUGGAAGAAAGAAAAGGUUUAUCCAAGAUGGAUUUAAUUUGGACCUAAGCUAUAUUACAGAAAAGAUAUUGGCUAUGGGGUAUCCUGCCGAUAGUAUUCACAAGGCGUUUAGAAAUGAUAUUAAUGAUGUUUAUAAUUUUUUUGAAAAAUAUCAUUCUGGUCAUUGGAAGAUAUUAAAUGUUGCAAUGGAAAUAUCAUAUAAAACAACAAAGGUUGGAGGAAAUGUUAUUGUCAUGGGAUUUGAAGAUCACACACCACCACCAUUUUUAUUAUUGCUACAAAUUAUACAGGUUAUGGAUACAUGGUUAAAUAAAGAUGAAGCAAAUGUUAUGGCAGUUCAUUGUAAAGCUGGGAAAGGUAGAACUGGUACUGUAAUUUCAGCAUAUUUAAUUCACUUAAUGAAACAAAACACACCAGAAAUCUUUUAUUCAUCCGAUACUAUAUUAUUCAAUACCAUUUCAUUUUUUAAUAGUAUGCGUGCAAAUAAUAGUGAAUGUGUCACUGUGCCCUCUCAAAAGCGUUAUGUUGGAUAUUAUAUACAAUAUCUCCGUGACCAGGUUCCACAUUCAUUAAUAGUGAGUCCCCCAAAAUUUAAAAUUGUUAGUAUUGAUGUAAUUGGCACCUCUCAAAGCUUUAAUAUUGAAAUUCACUUAAACUAUAGUCCAACUGUAAGAGAUUUGCCAGUAGUAAUACGGGGCUCCAAUUCUAAAAUUUUGUAA